AUGGCGUCUGCCUCUCUUGCAUCUUCUCUCUUGCGCAGCAGCAGUGCUUCUACUAGUAGAAGCGCAGCCAUGCCAAGAGUAAUCAGGAUCCCUCUUUUCUCCAAGAACCAAUACAGACCGCCUCUUCGGCCUCUUAGGAGUAAUUCAGUAGUUAGGCGAUCGUUGCAGCAGGAGCAAGAGGAGAGGGAGGGCACGGCGUCCUCCGUCUCCGUGGCCUCCAGCGAGCAACAGGAGGAGGCGACGGCGUCGCAUCAUGUCGGAGGGGUGGAUGAGGCCAAGGCGUCGGGUCAUGUUGGAGAGGCAGAUAAGAGAGGCCAAGGAGAAGGCGACGGCGAGGAGAAGAGGAGCACGGACGAGCAGCAGGAGGUGGACUGGAAGUCAGACGAGGAGUUCAAGAAGUUCAUGGGCAAUCCCUCCAUCGAGGCCGCCAUCAAAUUGGAGAAGAAGCGCGCCGACAGGAAGCUCCGCGAGCUGGACCGCGAGCCCGACGCCAACCCCGUCGCCGGCCUGUUCCGGGGCUUGGCAAAGGACCAGCUGGCCCGGGAGAAGCAGAGGCUGGAGCUGGCGGAGCAGACCUUCAAGGCGCUCGACCUCAACAAGGUAAUUGCUUACCCUCCUGAAUUCGGUCUGCUUGAUUUUGAGUAUCAGAUGGGACAAAGAUCUGAGCUUGGGCGAUUGGUACUGCCGUGCCGCGUGCAGCUGAAGAGCUGUUUCGGGUACGACACGUUCUUCGCGGUGGACGUCCGGAGAUUCGGCGACGGCGGGAUCUUCAUCGGGAACCUGCGUAAACCCGUUAAGGAGGUGCGCCUUAAGCUGGAGAAGAAGAUCUCCGAGGCCGCCGGAACAGAGGUCACCCUCUGGUUCAUGGAGGAGAAGAACGGCAACAUCACAAAGCAGGUGUGUAUGGUCCAGCCCAAGGCAGAGAUCGACCUCCUGCUCGAGAUCACCAAGCUGAGCACGCCGUGGGGAUACCUCAGCGCCGUGGCGUUGGCGGUCACGACCUUCGGGACGAUUGCACUCAUGAGCGGUUUCUUCCUCAAGCCCGGCGCCACGUUCGACGACUACGUCUCUGACGUGCUUCCUCUGUUCGGCGGCUUCCUCACUAUACUCGGCGUCUCUGAGAUCGCGACGAGGCUGACGGCGGCGAAGUACGGCGUGAAGCUGAGCCCGUCGUUCCUCGUGCCGUCCAACUGGACAGGGUGCCUCGGCGUGAUGAACAACUACGAGUCGUUGCUGCCCAACAAGAAGGCCCUGUUCGACAUACCAGUCGCGCGCACGGCCAGUGCGUACAUCACGUCGGUGGUGCUGGCCGUCUCGGCGUUCAUCGCCGACGGCAGCUUCAACGGCGGCGAGAACGCCCUGUUCGUGCGGCCGGAAUUCUUCUACAACAACCCGCUGCUGUCGUUCGUGCAGCUGGUGAUCGGCCCCUACGCCGACGAGCUCGGGAACGUGCUCCCGAACGCGGUGGAGGGCGUGGGCGUGCCCGUGGACCCGCUGGCGUUCGCGGGGCUCCUGGGCAUCGUGGUGACGUCGCUGAACCUGCUCCCGAUCGGGCGGCUGGAGGGCGGGCGCAUCGCGCAGGCGCUGUUCGGGCGCGGCACGGCGGCGCUGCUGUCGUUCGGCACGUCCGUCCUGCUGGGCGUGGGCGCCAUCAGCGGCAGCGUGCUGUGCCUGGCGUGGGGCCUCUUCGCCACCUUCAUCCGCGGCGGGGAGGAGAUCCCAGCGCAGGACGAGAUCACACCGCUCGGCAACGACCGCUUCGCGUGGGGGUUCGUGCUCGCCCUGGUCUGCCUCCUCACGCUCUUCCCCAACGGCGGCGGCACCUACUCCGCCUCCUUCCUCGGCGACCCGUUCUUCAGAGGCGGCAUCUAG